AUGGCAGCCUUUACUUUUGCUUUGCAAGUAAAUGGGUCUAUUCACAAACAUUCUGUCUCUCACAACCUUGAUCAUCUCAGAACUUCACUUUCCUCAACAUUUAAGCCUUUAAUUAAGGAGUUGCAGAAAUUGCCAACGAAGGUAGAUUUUUCUCGUACAUUGAUCCAAAGCACUUCUAGCAGAAUUUUGGAUACAUUGGUGGAUACCAUGUUCCGGUUUGUUGAUCAGCCCUUACUCUCAUCACAGAGCAACUUUGCACCUGUGGAUGAAACUGUAGAAGCUGUUGAGGUUACUUGCACUGAGGGGGAGAUUCCGACAGAUUUGCAGGAGGGUGUUUACGUAAGAAAUGGUCCAAAUCCUCUUUUUGGAGGCCUAAAAUCAACAGUUUCAAUUUUUGGAAGAUCAAGCCACGUCUGGGCAGAGGGAGAAGGAAUGCUUCAUGCACUGCAUUUCAAAAAGAAACCUGACGGAGAGUGGACCAUAUCUUAUAACAAUAGAUAUGUUGAGUCAGAAACAUUCACGAUAGAGACACAAUUAAACAAACCAUCUUUCCUUCCUGCUAUAGAAGGAGAUUCACUAGCAAUUUUAUCAUCAUUGGUUCUAAAUACAUGGAGGUUUGGCGUUCCUAAUAAGUACUUGCGCAACACUAGUGUUUUUGAGCAUUCAGGAAAGCUAUAUGCAAUUGCUGAGAACCACUUGCCUCAAGAAGUUGAUAUUUCUACACUAGAAAGUUUGGAGGAUUGGGAUGUCGAUGGAGGUUGGACUCGGCCUUUUACGAGCCAUCCUAAGAGAGCUCCAGAAUCCAGGGAGCUGGUUAUAAUGGGGAUUGAUGCUCAGAAACCUUACUACGUAGAAGGGCCUGCAAGGAUUGGAAUAAUGCCUCGUUACGGUGAUGCAGAUUCUGUCAAGUGGUUUGAGGUAGAACCAAAUUGUACAUUUCACAUUCUCAAUUGUUUCGAGGAUGGUGAUCAGGAGGUUGUAGUGAGGGGGUGCAGGGCUCUUGCUGCAAUCUUGCCAGGUCCUGACUGGGGUCAAAAAAAGUUCGAUUGGUUCUCAAAAGGAUUUAAUUUUGAAAAUUAUGCUGAUGGUUCAACAGAAGAUGGAUAUCUCUUCCAUCGAGCAUACGAGUGGAGAUUAAACCUGUUAACCGGAGAAGUUAAGGAGAAAAAUCUUACCGGAACCGAUUUCUCCAUGGAUUUUCCUUUGGUCAAUGGAGAAUUCACUGGACUAAAACACAAGUAUGGUUACGCUCAAGUUAUUGAUUCUGUGGCAAGCUCUACUUCUGGCAUUGCUAAAUAUGGAGGCGUCGCCAAAUUGUACUUUCAUGAACAACAAUCUAUACAACAAACGGUAAUAAAGCAGGGAGAGGAGAAGAGAGAUGAGCAGCUGAUAAGAGUAGAAUACCAUAAUUUUGCUGAAAAUAUAUUUUGCACUGGAAUUGCCUUUGUUCCUAAAGAGGGACGCGUUGAAGAAGAUGAUGGCUGGAUAAUUACUUACGUUCACAAUGAAGAGAACAAUGUCUCUCAAGCUUACCUAAUUGAUGCAAAGAGGUUUGGAAGUGAGCCAACAGCUAUAAUAACGCUGCCCCGGAGGGUGCCUUAUGGAUUCCAUGGAACCUUUGUCUCCAUGCCUGCUCAAGCUUAG